AUCGGGUUUUGAAGAGGUCUGGGAUUUAAAUAAAAUACUUUAAAUACAGAUGAUGAAUAUCAAAUCGUACUGACGUUUCUUCGCAUAUAACGGUUAAACGCCUUCCUCGCGUCAGGGACAUUGCGUCCAGGGUGGAUAACACAUGUAUUCAUAUGUUAAUAAAAAUAAGUAUUCUUUAUUAAAGCUUUUUAUGGUGUUUAAUAGCAAACUGUGUGAAGCAGGAUUAGAGGUGAUGCUGCAGCAAGCUGGAAUGUCAGUCGAUCUGUGAUGAUGAGGCUGAAAACGACGGGAGGGACGCUGUUUCCACGCUGUGUGUGUGUCUGCGUGUGUGUGUGUAGCGUUUUUCAGGAAGUGGAGAAACCGAAGACAGACACAGGACGACAUGCUCUUCCAGCCCGCUUUAAUGCAGCUUUUUCCUGCCAGAGAAACGGGACUUGUGGCAGCUUCGCGUCGAUGAUCGCGGAUCGACGUGUCCGCACCGGACGGGGCGCGAUGCUAGCCUGCUAGCUUACAAUUUACAUUUGAGACGGUUGUCAAAACAGACGCGACGCGUUUGUAACGUGAAAACUGUCGCUCGUUCGCUUCGAUGUUUAUUUUAUUUUUUUCUUUACUCUCCCCGUAACCGGAUUACCAAAUAAAAGCGACUCGACUUUAAAAAAGCGUAUGUAUUUGCGCUGACUUGGUGGCUGGCUGCUAGCGUUAACCCUAGCUAAAAAAAAAGAAGAAGAAGAAGAAAGAGUCCAGCUAAUUAACGGAACAUGGACGCAGUAGACAUGUAAAUAAUUAACCAAAGAAGGCUGAGGCUUAACGACAAACAGUUAGGUGAUGUCAAGCUGUUUGCAUGCGUUUGUUGUUUUAAAGCGGAAAACUUUUGCAGACACAGUGCAAUCGUCUUGGGCAAUGGUGUAAAUAAAAGGUGCAGGUUUGUUAGGUAUAGUCGCCUCAUGCGUCCAGACGUCUGAUCUAAUAACAGGAAACGCAAACUAUAUAAGAAUCGGUCGUUUUUUCAGACUGAUUUAACCUUUUUCAGCGCGGGUUUGGGUAAAAUGCGUGUUUUAGUUGGCCCUUAAAGCGCUGCCACCCCCCCCCCCCCCCGUAGGUUUGGCUCCUAGCUGUCAGCCAUGCGCCUCUCGUCGGUUCUGGCCCUCUUCAGGCCCGCUCUGCCCCUCAUCCUGGGGCUGUCUCUGGGAUGCAGCCUCAGCCUCCUCAUGGUGUCCUGGACGCAAGGGGACGCGGACGACCCCUGCAGAGACGAGCUGGCCAAAGGUGGGCUCUUCCUGGGCAGGGGAGAUGACCAGAGAGGAGGCAGAGAUGGAGCCGGGGACGUGGACUUCCAGCCACGGAUUGUGCCGUAUCACAAGGACCCGAACAAGCCACACAAGAAGGUCCUCAGAACGCGAUACAUCCACACCGAGCUGGGCAUCAGGGAGCGACUGCUGGCCGGCGUCCUCAGCUCCCGGGCCACCCUCAACACGUUAGCCGUGGCGGUGAACCGCACGGUCGCCCAUCACUUCCACCGGACCUUCUUCUUCACGGGCCUGCGCAGCCCCAAGGUGCCGCACGGCAUGGCCGUCAUCGCCCACGGGGACGACCGGCCCGUGUGGCUGAUGUACGAGACGGUGCGGCACCUCCACCAGCAUUACGGCUCCGAGUACGACUGGUUCCUGCUGGCGCAGGACGACACCUACAUGCAGGCGGACCGCCUCUCAGAGCUGGUGGGCCACCUGGGUGCGGGGCAGGACCUGUACAUGGGCAGGGCCGAGGAGUUCAUCGGAGGCGAGGAGAAGGCGCGCUACUGCCACGGGGGCUACGGCUACCUCCUGUCCCGCAGCCUGCUGGCCCGUCUGCAGCCGCACCUCGACACCUGCCGCAACGACAUCCUGAGCGUGAGGCCCGACGAGUGGCUGGGCCGCUGCAUCAUCGACUAUCUGGGCCUGAGCUGCGUGGAGGUGCACCAGGGGAUGACGUACCGCUACUUUGAGCUGGGGAAAAACGCCGAUCCGGAGCGCGAAGACAGCCUGCCGUUCAGAAGCGCCUUCACGGUGCAUCCGGUGUCGGACCCCAACCUCAUGUACCGUCUUCAUAAACGCUUCAGCCAAAUAGAGCUGGAACGGACCUAUCAGCAGAUCCAGGAUCUUCAGAUGCAGAUCAGCAACCUGAGCCACCUGACCCCCGAGGGAAAGGCUGGGGUCACCUGGCCGAUCGGACUCAACUCGCCCUUCAAACCCAAGACCCGCUUCGAGGUCAUAAACUGGGAUUACUUCACCGAGGAGCACAUCUACUCCUGCACAGACGGCUCGCCCAAAUGCGAGAUGAGGGGAGCCGACAGAGCCGACGUCGGCGCCAUACUGGAGGUCGCCGUGGAGCGCCUCAACGAGCACUACCAGCCCCAGCUCCGCUUCCGCAAGCGGCGGCUGCUCAACGGGUACAGGCGCUUCGAUCCCACGCGAGGCAUGGAGUACGUACUCGACCUGGCGCUGGAGGCUUUCACCCAGAAGGGCCACAGCCAGGUCAUCGCCAAGAGGGUCAACCUGCUCCGACCGCUCAGUGCCGUGGAGAUCAUCCCCAUGCCUUACGUGACGGAGGCAACGCGGGUGCAGGUCAUCCUGCCCGUCACCGCCCAGGACCAGGACUUUGUGGGGAACUUCCUCGACAUGUAUGUGACGAACACCCUGGACACGCACGAUAACGUGCUGCUGACCUUCCUGUUCAUCUACGACCCCUUCGACGCCCAGAGAGUGAGCCAGACGGACGUGUUCGCCGGCGUCAAGUCGAUGAUCGGCGAGGUGGAGAAACGUUACGGAGACGUGAAGAUUCCCUGGAUCAGCGUGAAGACCGAGGUUCCUUCCCAGGUCAAGCUGAUGGACAUCAUUUCUAAGAAGCACCCCGUUGACACGCUCUUCUUCCUGUCGAGCGUUUGGACCGAGGUCAACGCAGACUUCCUGAACCGCUGCCGAAUGAACGCCAUCAGCAACUGGCAGGUUUUCUUCCCGGUCCACUUCCAGGAGUACAACCCCGCCGUCAUCUACCGCGACCAGCAGCCGUCCGCCUCCUCCACCUUCGCCUCCGAGUCGCUCCGCGACGGCCACUUCGACCGGCACGUCUUCGACGAGGCCUGCUUCUACAACGCCGACUACAUGAGCGCCCGCACCAAGAUGGCCGCCGACAUCUUGGAGAACGAGGAGCUGAUGGAGAGCAUGGACGUGUACGACAUCUUCGUGCGUUACUCGGGCCUGCACGUGUUCAGGGCCGUGGAACCGGCGCUGAUCCAGAAGUACGUGCGGCGAGCGUGCAACCCUCGGUUCAGCGAGGACAUCUACCACCGCUGUGUGCUCAGCAACCUGGAGAGCCUGGGGUCCCGGUCGCACCUCGCCAUGGCUUUGUUUGAGCAGGAACAGGCCAACAGCACGUAAACUUGGGUUGGCAUGGAAUGAAUUAAACGCAGAUACUUGUGGGUUUGAUCGUAAUGUCACGGUGCAAAGACGUGAAGAUCACCCAAAAACACAAACCUGAACUGUUUACGUCUCGCAGCCGAAGGUGUCCCAGCUUAUUUUACCUUUGUACCUUUCAAAUCGCGUCCAGACGGCGAUGAAUCACGGUCGUGUCUCUCCGUGAACGGACAUUUGCUCACAGUCUGUGGGGCAGUAUUUAUAUUUUUAGCCGUAUUUCAGUGUCUGUAAUACAAGAACAAAGGCCUUCUUUGUUGGUUGUAAUUGGAAAGAAAGAAGAAAAAAAAUCACUUGAGCCAUAAGUCUUCCUUCGAGACGACGUUCAAAUACCGAAAACAAGCUGAAGCCAUUGGCUGCCUUUUUCUUUAGGAAAUGUUCCUUCUUUUGUAAGAGGUAUUAAAAAAAAUGAACUUUA